AAGACUGAUUUGUUGAUUGGGAGAUCUUUUCUCAUACCAGGUGUCCAAGCUGCUUACUGGGGUAUGCUUGAUGAGGGAAGGAUAACACAAAUAACUGCAAAUAUUCUGAUGAAAUCAGUAGAAGAAGCAAUUGACUCGGCAUCUCAUGGGCCCUUAUGUGAUUGGAAGGGCUUAAAAGCUAAUGUUCACUUCCCGAGUUAUUACAGAUUCCUUCAGUCAGGUGUUUGGCCACGAAGAUUGGUUACUUACUUCAUUGUAGGGAGAUUGGAAUCUGCAUGCUACAUUUGUGCUGCAUUUCUGCGUGCCCAUAGAAUUGCACGACGAAAACUGCAUGACUUUAUAGGUGAUAGUGAAAUUGCUUCUACAGUCAUCAGUGAAAGUAAGGCAGAAGGAGAAGAAGCAAGAGAAUUCUUGGAAGAUGUUCGUGUUACAUUCCCAGAGGUUUUGCGUGUUGUGAAAACCAGGCAAGUUACUUAUUCUGUGCUGAACCAUUUGAUCGAUUAUGUCCAACAUCUUGAGAUGGCUGGACUGUUGGAAGAAAAGGAGAUGCUGCAUCUUCAAGAUGCUGUCCAGACUGACUUGAAAAGGCUUCUAAGGAAUCCUCCUCUGGUAAAGAUUCCCAAAUUAACUGAUUUGAUUAGCACCCAUCCUGUAUUGGGAGCCCUUCCUUCUACAGUACGUGAACCACUUGAAGGUUCUACGAAAGGAACAAUGAAACCACGUGGUGUGGCACUUUACAAAGAGGGCUCCAAGCCGAAUGGUGUUUGGCUUAUUUCUAAUGGCGUUGUCAAGUGGGGUGGUAACCACAUAAGGAACAAGCACUCUUUACAUCCAACUUUUACACAUGGGAGCACACUGGGCAUAUAUGAAGUGCUAGUUGAGAAGCCUUACAUCUGUGACAUGAUAACAGAUUCUGUGGUACUCUGCUUUUUUGUUGAAAGUGACAAAAUACUUUCAGCAGCAAGGUCAGACCCUGCAGUAGAGGACUUUCUGUGGAAGGAAAGUGCUAUAGUACUUGCCAAAGUUUUGCUUCCUCAAAUAUUUGAAAAAAUGGCAAUGCAAGAUUUGAGAGCACUUGUUUCAGAUAGGUCAAUGAUGGGCACACACAUAAGGGGAGAAACAAUAGAAUUGCCUCACCAUUCCAUUGGCUUUUUAUUAGAAGGAUAUGUAAAAUCCCAUGGCUUGCAUGGGGAAUUAAUUACAUCACCUGCAGCAUUGUUGCCUUCGCAUGGAAACCUGAGCUUCGGACAUGCAAAUGGAAAUCAAAGCAUUCAAAGUGAAGAAUUAACUGGUUCCAAGUCAGCCAGUUUCUCUCAUCAAAGAUCCUGGUAUCAAGUUGAGACAAGAUCGAGAGUGAUAAUUUUUGACAUGGCAGCCUUUGAAGCUGAUACUGCUAUGCGAAGAAUUUCUUCUUUUGUACCACAUACAGGCGAACAUCUCCAUAGACCUCCAAGCAAAGAGCAUGAACUUAUGAGCUGGCCUGAUAGUUUCUACAAGGCAAAAUCUCAAAAGGACCUUGAAAAUAGACAACCAAAUAGCUUGUCUGCAAGAGCAAUGCAGCUGAGCAUCUUUGGCAGCAUGGUUGACAUGCAAUGGCGUACGAGAGCAUCUUCAAGCCAUCUAGUCCAACGAUCACAAAGCAUGUCAUUCCCAAGAGCUACAUCAUUUAAGAGCCAUAUACUGGUUUCUGUUAAAUCAGAAGGAUCUACUACUGUAAGGAAGAACCUGGGAAUAAAAAGGCCUAAGUCAGCAUCCAAUGUUCCUAUUCCCCUACAACAGAAUACAGACAGAAACGAGAGCCAUGCCUUAGAUGAUUCAAGUGAUGAAUCUGGUCCCGAAGAUGACCACAUAAUAAGAAUCGACUCACCAAGUAGGCUUUCCUUUCGUCAAGCUACUUAAAAUUGCAUUGUGAAUAUCUUAUGUUGAGUUUAAUUGAAUUUGGUGCUCCUGUGUUGAAAAGUAUCUGCAUGAGAAGGUAUAUUGAGUAAUUUAGAAAGUUUGUUUAAUUGAUAUUGAGCAUGAAACUUAAAUUUGUAUCUUUGUUCCAUCAUUUGUAAUAGAAAUGCCAGUAUCCUUGCUUUGGUUCUUUGGUUCUUUGGUCAAAGCAUAAGUGGAGAAUGUCGAGGGAUUAUGGAUAAUCUCAUUGACCAAGUUGUAGCAGUCAAACACAUUGAAAAAUCAGUAUGAGAAUGAUGUAAUGGAUAUGUCUAGUGUGUCGAUGAUACUUGUUGGUUUGUUUUUGCUUUGUGCCUAUCCUCAAUUCAGCUUUCGUUCAAUGUGAUGAUUAGGUUGUCAAACAAGCAAUUAAAUAAUAAAUUAGAGUUUGCAGGAGGCUGUGAAA